CGGCCGGCAGCAGUGGCAGCAGCCAUUAGUAUGUCAGUCGACGUAGCAGCGAAAGAUAUCUGUUAGCAGAAUGACGCCUGGCCAGCUUGUUGGACUAACCACGAAGAUAAAUGAUAUCCCCGAUACUUUGCAGCAAUUGUGAUGCCUUUCAAUUGCUGCGUGCCACUCUGCAAACAAAGAGGAGUGAGAGAUGCCUCUGGAAACAAGGUGUCCAUGUUCGCCUUCCCAUCUGAUCCGGCUGUCCGGAAGAAGUGGAUUGUCGCGAUAAAACGCGACGACGACGAGUACUUCAGGGUCACAAAGUAUACUAAAGUUUGCUCUGGACACUUUCAGCAGUGUGAUUACCUUCCCAAAGUUGCUGGUGAUCGCCGGUUCUUGAAGAAAGAGGCCGUGCCCAGUGUGUUUGCCUUCGGCAAUGCUGAAAGGCCUCCGAGGAAGAAAUGCCGUCGGCGAUGGCCAGUGCCGGCAGUGCAAAAAUUCACCGUUGCCAACGGAGGCGUAACGAGUCAUGCACUCUCCGAUUCGGCCACUAAAGAUGUGGCAGGCAAAAUGGCAAGUGGUGUAAUCGCUGAAGUCAGUAGCAAUGCCAUCAGAGACUUGACAGGCCACACUGUUGCCGAUGUAAACGGUGCAGUCGACGAGGAUGCUACCAUCGGUGCAGUCGUCGACAAAGCUAGCAAGCUCGUGCACGUGCGUCGAUUUCAAGACCUACAGGAACAGACCGAGUCGCAAGCAAAACUGAUUCAAGUUUUGGAGCUUGAACUCAAGAAAUACAAAGAACAACUCAGAUUAGCUGGAGACGCGUUGUCCAACGCCCAUUCAGCGCUCAACUGUGCACUCUCUAAAUGUGAAAGGUUCGACGAUCAAGAAAGAGAGCUCAGAGAUACAAAACAGGCUCUCACCAGAACUCAAAGAGAACUUGAGCUCGCACUGGCAAGAUGCAACUCUUGAGCCAUAAAAAUAAACAUUAGGCUUUCAAAUU